ACGUAAAGGUAGUGCAUUGGUUUUCAAAGAAUUGAAACCUAUGGUUUUUGGUAUCAUUUCAUAACGGUGAGACUAUUUAAGGCGAUUAAACGGCUGUUUCAUCUUAUCCUUCGUUUGUGUCCUCUCUGGAUCAGCUCGGGAGAAAGACUUUGCGAUGUUUUCCGAAGGAGUAGUUUUGUUGAGUGUCUGUUGUUCGGGACUCCUUGCAGCCAAUUCCAAGGAGUCGGAUGUUUGGAUUUUACCGUCGGAAGUCAUAGAGUGUGAAGAACGUGCAAAGGACGAGCCUGUUAACCAGACCCUGGCGGCCGAGGCCUGCAUGCGGACGUACUUUGUCGACCGACUCUCAGCUAACGUCAUGAAUAAAAGCGAUCAGGAUUUUUUCGAACGAGAAUUUGCCAACAAAACGUUCGGCAAGAAACGGCCCCCUAGUGGUUACCGGGUGCGACGCGACAUACGAGUUCUCAACUUAACGGAGCGACAUAAGCUGUUCCUUGCUUUCGACGCUCUUUACCAGAAUGGCGUAUUGGCCAGGUUCGGCCGACUCCAUGCCACUAAGGUAUACCGGAAGCACCACGGCGCCGCCUUCCUCCCUUGGCAUCGUGUGUUCAUAGCGGCGUUUGAGGAGAAGCUCAGAGAGGUCGACCCCGAUGUGUCGCUGCCAUAUUGGGACUAUUCGAUGGACUACUACAUGCCACUUCCGUCUGACUCAAUCGUCUGGAGCAAGUGCUUCUUCGGCAACGGAAACGGAACCGUCAACGUUGGUCCCUUCAGUUUCAUGUACGGCGGCUAUAACAUGCCGAUAAGCCGCGACAUCGCACCAGCCGCAACAUGUCCCCCUAAGCUGAUCAGCAAGGAGGACAUUGACGAACUCAUGAAGUUUUGCAAUUUUGCGGAUAUAACGACCGGGAAGAAUUUGUACCAAGAUAAUUCCUCGCAUAACCUAGAAAAACUACACGAUGGUGUACACGACUGGGUGGGCGGUGAUAUGGGCGUUCUGGGGACGGCGGCGUACGACCCUGUAUUCUACAUGCACCACGCCUUCAUCGACUACAUCUGGGAGCAGUUCAGGCGCCGACAGACCAAUGAGUGCCAAGUAGACGUCGAGAAAGACUACCGGAAACUUGGCGACUACUCGGUCGCCGACAAUGGACAACAAGGCCCAAAUGACCCCAUGCAAGGGUUUGAGUAUCUUAAAAACAGCGCCGGGCUCUGGAAAAACUGGACCACCGACUUUUACGGCUACGAAAAGGCGCCGGAGUGUCCAAACUGCGGCUAUUCGGACUUUCUAUACUGCGACAUGAGUAUCAACCCGAACCGACCGAAUGGCGUCUGCGUGCCAAAGACGAAUGACUCCUGCGUCAACACGCUGCUUAUGGCAUUUAAUAGGGACGAACCGCAUGAGAAGCCGCAAGGUGGAGGGGCGAAAUUGUCACUGGGCCCUCGACACUUUGGGCUACCAGGGGACGGUCGAACUAGAUUCAUGUCGCGGGAAGAGGGACUCGCUCUUCUUAAACAGCAGCUUGCACUCGGUAUGGAAGACAAGCCUACAACAUCACGACCGGAAACCCGUGCAUCUCUUGAUACCACUAACACCAUUAUUAUAUCAACAUUAUCGUCGGUUCUUGGACUUCUGCUGAUUGUGGUGGUUACCUUGGUCGUUUAUAUUCGCAAACUCACAAAGAAACUGCAAUCGUCACUCAAUGAACGCCGUACCGGAGAUGGUGACACAGCAGAGACCAGUGAUGACCAAGAAUCGGGAAACUUCGGUUCGACACAUGAUUUUAAUAUUGAACUACGCCAGCGUGUGUAAAUCCACAGGAAAGAGGUGGAUAUUGCGACGAUGCGAAACCACUGGGCCUUCUAUUAAGCUUGCAUUGAAAUGUCAUAUUGUUUAGGAUGAACGUAUUUUAUGAUUAUUUUGUUUAUUUAAAAUUCUAUAAUAAAGGUUAAAGGCACACUUGACGGGCAAUGAGGUUUGAUCAUGACUUUAUAUAUACAUCAUAUUUUACGUAUUUUUCAGUCACGAAUUUAUAUGUGUAAUAAAAUGUCAGGUUCUAAUGUUUAUUUUUAAACAAGUGUUUUGUGGUAAUUUACCUACACGUUUUUCAUUUUGUUGCUAUACAUAUAUAUCAUAAUAUUUAUUUAUAUAUCCUCUCGCACAUUUUGAGUGUUAUCAUAUUGAACUCGUUAUGUGCAUGUUUAUUUACAUUAUUUCAUACCAUCAGGUUUUUACACGAUUCCUGACACAUCGCUAAUCUUAUGAUUUUAAUGUUUUAUAAAUGAACCUUAACUUUUUGUUCGUUUACGAAUAACUUUAAUAAAAAUGCCCCUGAUGUUUUAAUAGAUUUCCGAUACUUACCGUACUAGAACAUUAACAAUAUUCAGGUUAACACCUAAUGCUCUACAUAGUACAUUUCAAGAAAGUGAUAGCAAUGUUAAACAGUAUAUGUUUUUGUUAACGUUUUGUUAUGUGAUUAGUGGAUCAAAAAGAAUAUCUUUCCUGAUAUUUUUUUAAAUAUAAUAAGCGUAUCAGUAUACUGAGUAUAUUACCACUUACAAGCUGUUAAUUAUGUUCAAACAAAUCGUGUAUCCAAAGUGCACUGCUAUGUUAUUAACCUCUGUGAUUGAUCGCACUUUCAAAGCGAAAAUAAUGAUUAAAAAGUGAAUAUAAAUAAUUAUGAACUGAUGAAUAGUUUAGAACCUUACCGUUGCACACAUAUCACUAUGUUAUAAAAGAAUAAUAAUAAUAAUCAGAAUGUUGAAAACAGUGCAUAUAUCUCCGACAUAGUUUGUAAACAUUAGUUGUUUAUUUUAAACAAAUCGAAUGCAAUCAACAACUCUUAACAUUUAACGGAACAUUAGUCUCUAUUCUGUAAAUAUAUAUUGCUUAUCAGAGCUGAAGGUAACUUUACUUGUUUUAUGUUAUAUUUCAACUGAAAAUACGAUGUACGGGUAAUCUGGUAAGAAUACGAUCAUUGAGAAAUAAAACUGGACUUAAAUUGA